AUGGACUCGCGAAACGCCGCCGCCGCCGCUCCACUGCCCCUGUACCCUCCCGCUCUCCUGUCGCUUCCGGAUCUCGACCGCCCGCCGGCGGUCAUGGAGAUGUGGGAGCUGGAGGCGGUCGCCGCCGCGCUCCCGGCCAAGAAGUGGCGUCUGCGGGAGACCUUCGACCGCCUGGCCGCCUGCUCCCCGACGCCGCUCCCCUUCCGCUGGGAGGAUCUCGACACGUACAUCUCCUCCCUCCAGUACUCCGUUACCCUCCGACACCGCCAGCUCCGGGAACUCGAAAAGUCCAAGCCUGCCCCAGCGCUUGCCCCCGCUCCGGCCGCAAUGUCCCUGCUGCCCGUCACCGUCGCCGGCGACGUCGGCCAGGUGCGGGUCCUUGAAAAAACACGGCCUGCCCCUGCCCCUGUUCUUCCCGCCGUCUUGGUGCUACCGGCCACAGACGGCGACGUCCACGAGCUUCGGGCCCACGUGGAGUCGAAACCCGUCCAACCUCAGCCUCCUGUGCUAGGCGGUCCCGCCGUCGUCGCUGCCUCCGCGCCGGCUGCCACUGGUGUCCACGUCGAGGAGGGAAGGAAAAGGAAGGCGUCUAUUCAGGAGGCGGAGGAAGUCCACGUGGCGAAGCGUACGACGCAUACACAGGAGGGCCAAGCAUCAGAGAUGCGGUGGCGAAAGAUCCAGGAGGAUGCAGCGGUGAAGGAGAAGACGUCUCCGUCGCACGACAGCAACGGCAAGGAGUUGAUGCCGGUUCCUCAAGGCGACGACGACAAUGGCCUCGUGGCGGAGGCGAACGCGAGCACGGACGCCACAGUGCAGGUGAAUCCCGUCAGCAAGGUCGCCGUCCUGCAGCCGGAGCUCCCUGGACCUGCCACGGCGCGCGAUGCCACGAACCGUGUGCGGGCUGCUGGCGUCCCGAACUCCGCUGGCCUGCAACGAAGUCGUCCGCCCCGUCCCGUCCCAGCCUCUGGCUCCGCAGCGUCCGCGGCGGCUGUCACCGGCAGGGAUCUGGAGAAGAGCAAGAGGCGGAAGGUGUCCAGUCUGGAGGUGGAGGCUGCCAGAAAGAAGGUGCAGACACAACACGCCGUGCGUGAGGUUGAACGACGACACGAGUCACACGACUCGGUGCUCACCACCAAGAACAUCCCCUCUCACGAUGGUGGUGAGGCCAAGGCGAGCCCGCGUCGCCCUGACCCCGGCAGCGGCAGUGGCCUCCCGAUCACGGCCGUCACGGCCACAGCGCAGGUGGAUGCAGAUCCCAGCAACUCCGGCAGAAUUCGGCACGAGCCCCCUGCCACGAUGCCCCACGCCUCCAACGCCACUGGCCAGGCGGUGCCUCCCAACUAUGAGGUGCCCGACGUGGAGUUGGAGAUAGUGCAACCGAAGGAGAUGCCGCAGGUGCUCAAAGAGGACGCGUCAAUGUUAGCCAAGAAGGCAUAUCAAACACAAGUCACCAUCAAGUCCGUGGAGGCCGACAAGGUAAGUACACUUCCUCUAGGCUGCAGCAAUGGCCAUGCACAGGCCGGCGCUGGCGCGGCCACCGCGAUGCCGCAGGUAGCCGCCGCUGCGGGCGCCACCGUGUGCAAAAGCUCACCCACCGUGACGUGCGACACCCCAAACCUUGUGCAGGCUAGCGCCCCGGCCCCGAAGAGCGCCGGCGUGCCCGCUGCUACGCGCGACGCCCCGGCCCCGAAGAGCGCCGGCGUGCCCGCUGCCACGCGCGACGCCCCGGCCUCGCACGCCACUCGACGUGCACCACCGGCAGCUGGCUACCAGCAGGACGCCAGUGACGUUAGUCCAGUUCCAGUUCCUCCACGUGGAGGCAACGGUCUUGCUCAGUCGUCCCGCGUGAGCGCCGGCGCCGGCACGCAGACGGACAGCGCGCGUGAUAGCGCCCUUGUCCGACAAGGUGCCCCUGCCGCUGGCGCGGCACCGGCACCGGCACGCCGUGACCUAAGCGCCACUAACCCUGUGCCGGCUAGCAGACGGGAACACACUGGCCCUUCGGAGGCCAGUGCUCCCCCGAAUGCCGGCAAGCAUGUGCUCCAGCAGCAGCACAUGCCCAGGCUUGAGCCGAUUUCUUCACCGAAAAAACAGCAGGAAUGGUCUUCCAAAAAUCAUGGCGGCCGUCCGACGGGCUCUCGACCUGUGCCUGAAGCACAGGACGCUGCUGCUCAGAGGUCGUGGAGCAGGCCCGGCGAGGGGAGAGGCGGUGGACUUCCCGUUCCAGCUGCAAGAGGUCUACGGGGAGACGACAACAACAGAAACAAGGACAGCUACAAAGCAAAGCGACCCCUAUUUUGCGACAAGUGCGGAUGCAAGGGCCAUGUGGCCGAAAAUUGUCACACAGCAAAACACCUCGUGGUCCUCUAUCAGAAGGCAAAAGAGGAGAGGGAGAAGGAGCAGAAACAGAUUUGCUACAGGUGUGGAUGUACAGGCCAUUGGUCUCGCAAUUGUCGCACAGCAAAACACCUGGUCGACCUGUACCAAAAGGAUCGAGCGGCCAAGCGUGCCGCAGGACUUCUUCAGGAAUAA